CGAAAUCUGGGGCAAAAAAAACACAAUUUCAACUCCGCAAACCCACAAUGAUUUCUCUGCUAUGGGUUAAACGCGGUGUAAUCGCUACGUCGUUUAUGUCCCCGAUAGAACCGCUAUUUAUUUCGCUGUUUGACUAAAGCAUUAACGUUUUAUUUAUAGCUGACACCGUCGACAAAGCCUUUUUCUGUUUGUUAAAGUGACCAGUCGACUGUUUACAGACGAGGCCGCCGUUAAGCUAGCCUUCGUACUUUUUUUUUGUUUGUUUUUACAUUCACAAGACACGUCUACGAUUAAACUAAGCCUAAUACGACACCCAUCGCUGUCUGGACUAUGGCGGUUCAGCCACAGCACCUCCAAGCAGCUGUCUGCCUCCUGCUGUGCUUCUUUACCAGCGGAGUGUCCAUCCCAGAUCCCAGGCAGAGAGAGGCCCUGAUACAGCAAGAGGCCCACAUGCAGACCGGUGGGCAGGUGGUGCUGACUGAUGCUGAGCAGAGGCUGGACGCUGUCCUGUUAAAAAUGAAGCAGAAGGAGAUCAUGAAAGCGGACUUUCCUCCUGCCAUGCACUUCUUCGAGGCCCGGCACCUCAUCAGGACCAGUCCCAUCUUCAGCCUGCUGCAGAUGAUGCCUAAAGGUGGAGCCCUGCAUGUCCAUGAUUUCUCCAUGGUCGAUGUAGAGUGGGUGGUGAAGAACGUGACGUAUCGGCCUCACUGCUACAUGUGCGUCACCGACAACCACUCCAUCAGAUUCAUCUUCUCGUCCGAUUGGCCCAAACCCCUGUCACACUGCUCUCCCUGGAUCCACCUGGAAAGCCACAGAGCCAAGAUGAUCAACACCACAGAUCUAGACAACAGCAUCAGAGGAAACCUGACACUGUUCACUGACGAGGAUCCCGAAGCAGCGUACCCCAGUCAGGGUGUGGUGUGGGAUAAGUUUGAACAGACCUUCCUGUCAAUUUUGGGUCUGGUCACAUACGCUCCUGUGUUCAGAGACUAUUUCUACGAAGGCCUCGAACAAUUCUACACAGACAACGUCAUGUAUCUGGAACUGCGGGCUCUACUCCCAGAGAUAUAUGAGCUGGAUGGCACCACUCAUGGAAAGGACUGGACUCUGAAGACUUACCAGGACAUCGCCAGGCAGUUCAAAGCAAACCACCCCGACUUCUUUGGAGUGAGAAUUAUUUUAACAGUCCACAGGAGAGUAAAUACAUCCGUGUUGACUGAAGUUGUGGAGGAGGCCAUGGAGCUGCGGAGAAACUUCCCAGAUAUCAUGGCUGGUUUUGACCUGGUGGGUCGGGAGGAUGAAGGGAAACCCCUGUGGCAUUUCAGAGAUGCCUUGUCGCUACCUGCACAAAGAGGAGUCACGCUUCCUUUCUUUUUUCAUGCUGGCGAGACGGAUCUUGAGGGCACCGAUGUGGAUCAGAACAUGAUGGAUGCUCUUCUCUUUAACACAUCUCGCAUCGGCCAUGGCUUUGCUCUGCCUCGCCACCCAGUGGCCAAAGAGUUGUCCAGGAAGAGAGGAGUGGCUCUGGAAGUGUGCCCCAUCUCCAACCAGGUGUUGAAACUGGUUAAAGAUAUGCGGAACCAUCCGGCAGCUGCGCUGAUGGCAGAAAAUCACCCGGUGGUCAUCAGCUCCGACGACCCGGCCAUGUUCGGAGCCUCUGGCCUCUCUUAUGACUUCUAUGAAGCUUUUGUGGGAUUUGGUGGCAUUAGGUCCAACAUAGGGUCUCUUAAACAGCUGGCUAUAAACUCCAUUAGGUAUAGUUCUCUGACUCCGAAGCAACAGGAGGUGGCACUGGCCCUGUGGCAAAGACGAUGGGAUAAGUUUGUCACUAACAACAUCUUUUAGAAGUAAAAAAAAAAAUUGUAGGGUAAUCCUGAAUCCUUUCAUGCUACUCUUUAAGAAAGAGCAGGCGCAGGUGCAGGUGAGCUACAGAAUGAUGAGCAGGUUUUCGGGCAAAUACAAGACAACAGGGUUAGUUAUGAGAACAAAGUCCAAAUAGAUUAAUGUUCACUGUUAAAUAACCCACAACAUGUCAACGAUUACAUGAACAACUCUAAGUCUUAAAAGGCUUAUUUGUCCAGUUUAAUUAAGGAGUAUUUGCACUUUGGGAUGAUUCAAUACAGUGCAACAGAGCAUUGUUUAAGUGGUUGAGUUGCUGUUUUUAUUUCUCUGUGGUGUGCUUGUGGUUUGUAAGAGUGGAAAAGGUAGAUUUUUAAAAAUAGAUUAAAUAAAUGAGUGUUAAAUCCUGUGAGCUUUGAAAAACUACACUGGAAAUACUACACUGGUGAUUUUUUUUUUACAGUUUUAUAUGAUUUUUAUGUGAAUGUAAUUUUAAGACUUUUAAAUAAAGAAAAACACAAUUCACAACCCAGAUAAGCAGAAGAUAAUGGAACAAUUCACACAGCCACAAAAUAGGCAGGGCACAUGAACUGAGCGGUUGGUUUUAUUCAGUGUUUAUCUCCGGUAGCAUCAUUGCCAAGUACCAUUCAGCUGUGGAAGGUGUCACGGAUCAUCUGCUGCAGGUGUUGAACUUUGAGAAGAAGCUGUCAUCAAUACAUCCUCUUUCAAUGUCCGGUUUCCUUAAAAUGAAUUAAACCGAGUGAGAUGACAUACAGACUGCAGAAUGUAAUAAAAGAGCCUGGUUUUUCUAA